AUGACACUGAAUCUGCUUGUUCAGUCGACAGAGGCAGCCUUAUCCGACAGAUCUGGUGAUCUGCCGGAUUACCUCCACUCUGCACACCGCUUUUUAAUCAACAAUCACUACCGGAAGUAUCUCGAGAGAAAUGACCAACAUAAGGAUGCAACCUACCUCGAGUACCUGCAGUCGUAUAAUCUCAAGACAUGGAGGAGACUCGCUGCCAACGCGAAGAAGAGAGUCCUGUCUUACUUUCCUCGGUACAGCUCUGUGGAGGCAUCUCCCCACGGUUCGAUUCGUUUCGCGGCUGCGUACAGGUUUUGCAGAGAGCAGCACCGUGAUACCCAUGCGGACGAUCACUAUGGUGAGCCAGAUGCAAAUGAACUAAGGGCAGAGGACGACGAAUUUGAGCUUGAGGUCCAUGAGGAGCCUGUUACGGACGAGGACUGGCAUGAACUCGCCCGCAUGCUUCCCGACCGCCCGCUGGAGGAGGAGGACAUCGACAUGCUUGGCCGCCGAGACAUCGACAUCAAUUAUGAUUGGGCCCCUCACGUUGGACGGUAUACUGAUGAUGGUAUUCUCAACGGCGACUACUGGAAGCAACGCAAGACGGGAAACCGCCUUGACCUUGACGUGGAUCAUCAGCCCUUGGAAGCCCGCGAUUCCCUAAAUCGAGAUCAGCGCCUAGUGUACGAUACGGUGAUGGACCACUUUCUGACCCAGGAAUCUUCUCAGCUGUUGCUACAUGUAGAUGGUGGAGGCGGUACCGGGAAGUCAUACCUCAUUAACCUGCUCUCGGCGCACCUCCAAGCCGCUGCUGCCGGGAGAGGGACACCUGUUUGGCGUGCCGCGCCCACUGGCGUCGCGGGAAAUCAGAUAUCGGGCACUAUGUUGCACUCCCUGUUACACCUUCCAAUCAACAAGGACUUCAAGCCCCUCUCAGCCGUUGAUAAGGUUCAGCUUCAGAAGAAGCUGAAGGACAUCAAGUACCUGAUCAUCGACGAGAAGAGCAUGCUGGGACUGCGUCAGCUAUCAUGGAUCGAUGACCGUCUCCGCAAGGCGUUCCCGAAUAGGAACGAGGAAUUCUUUGGUGGACUAAGAGUGGAGAUCAAAGGCAGGAACGCGUAUAGACACUUCGAUAAAUCGGUCUUCUUGAAGGUUGUCCAGCGGCAACGGGGCGACGAACAGGACGCGUUUCGCACAGCUCUGGGGGAAUUACGGUUGCUCCAACUAUCGGUGAAGUCCUGGAAGCUCCUUUCCGGUCGGGUACAGGGAAAGCUGGAUGAUCAAGAGGUCGCCAUGUUCGCCAACGCCUUGCGAGUAUACACCACUAAAGAUAUGGUGAACGAAUAUAACCACUACCACCUUGAUUGCCUCAGCCGGCCAGUCAUUCAGGUCAAGGCUAAGAAUGUCGGCUUUGGCGCGGCUGCGGCCCCUGACGACAAAGCGGGCAACCUUCCGAAGCAGAUCCCUAUAUGCAUUGGUGCCCGUCUGAUGCUGACGUCUAACCUUUGGCAGCCAGUUGGCCUCUGCAACGGCGCUCGCGGUACAGUCUACGACAUCGGCUGGGCACCUGGGGCUGAUCCCAUCCAAGACCCUCCCUGCGUCAUCAUGAUGGAGUUUGACAAAUACAGCGGGCUGGUGUUCCUGACCACCGCUGAUGGCAGGAAGAUUGUUCCGAUUCUCCUAGUAGACAGGGACUUCCUCAUUGGAGCCACUCUUUGCACUCGCACCCAGUUUCCCCUGAUCGUAUGCUACGCGAUUACGGUUCACAAGUCCCAAAGGAUCACCGAAGAUAUGAUUGUUACGGACCUUUCCUGCCGGGACUUCCAGACUGGUCUCAGCUACGUAGCUGUCUCUCGUGUCAAAACGCUCGCGGGCCUAAUGCUGGAUGCGCCAUUUGAUCGUAAUUACUUGUUUUAUGAAUCUUUAUGA